AUGGGUAAACAUCAGCCUUUCUUUGGCAUGGCAAACCCAACCGAUAUAGACAAAAACCUAUUUCAAUUCAUCAUCCAGACGUACAUAGUGGACGGACUAUAUGACGACAUUUACGGACUACAUUCGUUUACUCUGUUGACCGACAAACGCCAGAAUCAGCGUCCACGGCCAGUGCUUGGUGCCAAGGAAACAGUUACCAAGGAAAACUGUGGUGCGGUCGCCGGGCAGGAAGUGACGUCAAUAUGGAAACAUUUCAUAGUUGCCGGAAGAAGCACUGGAUUUGUAACUACCUCACGGGUGACCUACGCCACGCCCGCCGCCGCGUACGCCCACAGUGCUUCCCGGGACUGGGAGAGUGACGCCCUGAUUACGUCAAUCACAGGAGGCUGUAAGGAUAUAGCCUACCAGCUGGUAUAUGACAAUAACGACAUACAGGUAGUGUUGGGCGGUGGUAGGGGUCCGUUCCUGCCGGACAGACAAGUGGAUCCAGAGACACAGACAGUUGGCUGGACACACAGGAAGGACGGACACGAUUUGACAGAGAUAUGGAAGCAGAUCCAGAGUUCUAAAGACCGACGUCACAGCUAUGUUUGGAAGAAGGAUCAGUUUGACGCCGUAGAUCCCACGGAUACUGAUUAUCUCCUAGGUCUAUUCGACACAAGUCACAUUCCUUACGAAAACGACAGGGAUAAGUCUGGAGAAGGUGAUCCAUCCCUAGCAGAAAUGACUAGCAAAGCCAUCCAAAUACUGCAGAAAAAUAAACAGGGUUAUUUUCUAAUUGUAGAAGGCGCUCGCAUUGACCACGCCCAUCAUGACAACGAAGCUAAACGUGCUCUGACAGAGACGUUGAUGUUUGAGGAAGCAGUGAGCCAGGCUGUACGUAUGACCUCUGAGGAAGAUACCCUGAUUAUCGUCACGGCCGACCACUCCCAUCCAUUCAACAUCGCCGGACACUCAUAUAGGGGCAAUUACAUUCUCGGUAUAACAACACCGUACUGGGACGAACCUCCUCUUGAUGGUCUCCCUUACACCACAGUUGUGUACGGCAACGGCCCAGGACGGCGGCCGUUUCAGGACAGGACCAACUAUACAGGGAUCGACACCACUGCAGACAACUUUAAACAAGAAUCUGCUGUGCCUACCGCAUACGAGACGCAUUCUGCAGAAGAUGUCGGGAUAUAUGCACGUGGUCCUAUGGCACAUUUGCUGCAUGGCGUCCAGGAACAACAUUACGUAGCUCACGUGAUGCAGUAUGCUGCGUGUGUCGGUGAUUUCAAAGAGGACUGUGAGCGCCCGGAUGAUCGCAAUUCCAACGGAGGUUACACACUGUCUGUGUACGGCUCUGAUGAUAUGGUGCCCGACUCUGCCGCCACAGCCAGCACCCUGAUGUGUGGGUACACGUGA